CAGUCCGCACGCUUCCUCCAGACACGGACGGGCCGCCCGCUUUCAAGGGAAGACAAGAAGAACACUUAUUUACUACACUUCAGAGGAGACAGGACUCUUUUUGAAGGCCAGUCAAGAUGAUGCAAUGUUUCCACUUCAUGGUGGAGCCGGUCAAACAAUUCACGGCCAAGAUAAAGGAAACGCACAAGAGAGCGAAGAAUGAGUACAGGGAGCCUCUGGAUGAGGAUCAGCUGUUUGUUGUGGAUCUGGCUCGAAAUCUGAGCCGUGUAUGCCAGAGAUCCUUAGUCCUGGAGCACAUCUGGAACCUUGAUGACACCUGGUCCAGCUCUCUGUGCAGGGUGUUCAUCCUCCAGUGGGCCUCCAUGUUAGAGAGCAAGAAGAGGUCCAUGCUGACGGACAGCUGGCCAGAGGUCAAAGAGGUCAAAUAUCCUGAUAUGAUAAAUGAAAAAGUCCUGCUGGAGGCCAAAACUGUGAUCAUCAACUGGAUCAAGGACCUGAGAGCUCAGCCUGAGCAAAGUGUGUGGCCCGGGGAACCUGUGGCAAAGGCCCUGGAGGACCUGCAGUCAGCCUGGCGUUGGGGCCGCGCCCCGAAUCUGAUGAGUGCUAUGGAGCUGGUGUUCUGGACUUUAAUGGUGCAGCGCCCAGAUAAGGAUACCAUUCCGCAGCAGUGGCUCAUGUGGAAGCAGAAGACUCAGAAGAUUGGUGCCAUAUCCUACAUUCCUCAACCAGUGUGGGACUGGAUCUCAGAUGCAUCAGUGGAGGUGGCUCUGGAUCUGGAGUCAGCCAACCCUGACCUGCUCAUCUCCAAAGACGAGAAGAGGAUGCGCUGCGGCUAUGCCAGGAAGGAUAUUCCCAACCACCACCAACGCUUCGACGGCUGGUGGUGCGCUGUCGCCAUAAAGGGCUUCGCCUCUGGCCGCCACUACUGGGAGGUGGAGGUGGGUGAGCGGGACUGGAGGCUGGGCGUGGCCAAAGAGUCGGCCCUGAGGAAAGGCUUCAAGUCCCUGAACACGGAUACGGGUUACCUGAGCCUGCGGCUGGAGAGGGGCACCGAGCUGAAGGCACUGACGGUGCCCUACACCAGCCUGCCGUCCGGCCUCAUCCCCCGCAAGGUGGGCAUCUACGUCGACUACGACCGCGGCCAGCUGUCCUUCUACGACGCGGACAAACACUUCCAUAUUUACACCUACAACGAGAUCUUCGAUGAGAAGCUGUUCCCCUUGUUCGGUACAGUGGAGAUCACCAAGGAUAUGGUGAUCAAGUCCCCGGCGGCGAGGAGCCAAUGCCUCUGCCCGUCGCCCUGCUUCUGGGGUUGAGUCUACUCCUGUCACCUCGUCCUUUAAACUCCAGUAGAUAUUAUGAUAUUAUGGUUAUGUAAUAAUCACUGGGAGAAAAGAGAGAUCCUGAUCAAAGUCCAUCAUUGUGCUAUUGAAUAGCUCCUCUAUGUGAACCCUCUCUAUGCUGCUGCUGCUGCUUUAAUGUGAUUGUCGCAACCACUUCCUCACUAUAGAGUUACAGCGCUCCUCUUUGCUCAUAUGUAUUUUUGAAAAGGAACCUAUAGUAUUCAUGUAAUCUAUUGUGCAAUAUUAACCCAGCAGUAAGAAUGCAUUUCUGUCUGUGAAUGAAAAAUAAACCAAAUCCAAGUCUUAA